CCUUGGUCUCUUCGGAGAAUUGAACCAUGAUGGAUAGUAGUCGGGAAAGGACUCGAGUGUGUAAAAAAGAGGAGGAGCGUUCGAGAGACGAAAAGAGGAGUUGUGAGCACUAGGUGUGAAGAUCCUCGACAAAAGAUUGGGAUUCCGUAGAUGGGAGUGGGUGGAAAGCGGAGGUUCAGAAAUGCGGGAGCUGCGAGAAGUUGGCUCAAAAGUUUUCGGAGGUCGGGAAAUCCAAAUGACCACCGAUCACUGCCGUGCUUCCAUCCGCCAAACCUCCCUUUCAACCAACCCAACCCGUUCUCUACUCUACUACCCCUGGCGGCCUUUUUUUUCCAACUCGAGGAAUUAGAACUCGAUUACUCUCUUUUCUCGCUUUCGCAUUUGUUCGUUCUGAAAUCAGAAUUCGCCUCUCGCCGCAACUGGCAUCCUCGCCGAUAUGUCUGGCGCGAGACACUGGGAGCAAGACAAAGAGGCCACGGUCUACAUCGGCAACUUGGAUGAGCGGGCAUCCGAUAGCUUGGUAUGGGAGCUCAUGUUGCAAGCUGGGCGCAUCGUGAACGUCCAUCUCCCCAAAGACCGAGUCACGCAGUCACACCAAGGAUAUGGUUUCGUGGAGUAUAUCAGUGAAGAAGAUGCCGAGUAUGCCUCGAGGAUUAUGAACGGUAUUCGCCUCUAUGGAAAGCCGAUUCGGGUGAAUAAGGCCUCUGCAGAUAAGCAAAAAUCCGUGGAAAUCGGCGCAGAGCUCUUUGUCGGAAAUCUUGACCCCAUGGUCUCGGAACAAGUUCUCUACGACACAUUCAGCCGGUUUGGCAGCUUAAUUAAUCUUCCCAAGAUUGCUCGAGAUGACAACAAUCUGCCCAAGGGUUAUGGAUUCGUCUCCUUUGCCGAUUUCGAGUCCUCCGACGCAGCCAUUACCAAUAUGAAUGGCCAAUACCUCAUGAAUAAGCAAGUUUCCGUCCAAUAUGCCUACAAAAAGGACGGCAAGGGAGAGAGACAUGGUGAUGAGGCCGAGAGAACGCUGGCCGCGCAGGCUCGGAAACACAAUGUUCGCCCACCCACACAGCAGGUUCCACCUGCUCAGUUCCCGGGAGGUGGCACUGGUCCUGCUGCUACACCUACCGCUGUACCAAAUGGUGAUGCUUCGCGUCCUGUGAGCACCGGUCCGCAGACCCCCGACCUCGGUAUGGGUAGGGGCCCCAUGCCAAUCCCCAUGAACUAUCAGAACGUACCCCCUCCUCAGCAGGGCCGACCGGGGCCUCCUCCUCCCCCUUCGGCACUCACCACUCCCCCGCCGGGUCUCCCAGCUCGUCCCCCGCCAUCUCAGGCCGGUUACGGCGGCCCCCAGACCUAUCUUCCACCAGGAUUUAAUAGUGCAAGCCAGCAAGCUCCCUAUCCUCCACAAGGUGCGGCCGCACCGCCAGGAUUCGGUCCUCCUGGCUUUGCACCUCCAACGGGACCCCCUGCGGCCCCGGGAGCACCUCCCUCGUUACCUCCCGGAUUUCAGCAACCGGGUUACGGAACUGGUCGUUGAGAACGCAUCAGCAACAUUUGGAAUGCAACCCAUGGCCGUAUAUCAGAUUGGUAAUUUUGCCGUGACGGACGCUUGUACAUGCUACGAUCUAAAUUCAACACGGAAGCUGCUGCCUCAAAAUCUCAGCGGAUCGCUUAUACACAGCAUGCCUCAACUAAGAUGGUGACGACUAGGCUGACCACGCGUUGGAGUCCGGAUCACAUUGAGUGAGAUCUAUGGGAUUACAUGACUCUCGAGCUUCCAGCGGAUUCCUCCGCCAUGAACAGACAUGGGGAAGAGGCGUCCUUGACGCUAGCCGAUGCUCUAGCUAAUCCCCUCGCGAGGCUCCUCUUUGACCAAUUGAAUGAGAUAUGAUAGGAAGACAUUUAUGGAGGUACUUUGAAAAAGUAGACUAAUGUAAUGAUUGAGAUGAAAGAAGUGCGAGUAGCACGGUAGACGUGAUGUGUGCUGUCAUCAUGGUUUGGCUGGAGAAGCACACGGUAGAGGUGCAAAAGAAGGACUUUCCAAAGGCCAAGGGUAGCCGACGAAGGAGAAUGGAGAGAGAUUUGAAGAGGGACUAGAUACGAAAGAAACUAUGUUGCUUGGGCGUGGGAUCAUGAGAACGAGACAAAUUUGGGGUCCCGGGGCCGACCAUCAGGGCCAAUGUUAUUCCUUGCGAAUCGUUGUUCGGUAUAGAUUCGGCGGGCCUCAUCAAAGUUGACCUUUCGGGCUCUCAUGAUCUUUUGAAUCUCUCGUUUCGCGGCUUGAUCCAAUCCAGCCCGGGUGUCCCCGUCUGCAACAUUAGCCGUGAUGUCGAAUUGCGAGGAACUCAAGCCGGCCUCCAAGUCGCCCGUGAAGCUAGAUGGAAGGCGCUGGUAGAGGUAGUCAGGGACUGGCAGUAGAUGAAUCCAUCUUGAUCGCGUGAGGUAAAGCGC